GCUGGCGGAGUUAAAAUUAGCUCGGUGAUUUCUGUCUGCGCAACUCCAGAAUCAGAACGAUCUCGCGGAUUCUAAGCGCUGCUGCACGCGCGCGUUCAUAUUUGGGAUAUUCUGCUAUCGCAGUCUCUGUGUUGUUCUUUAUAUAAAACCCAUGUUUAACGUUUUUCUAAAAAUAGAACCCUUCAUUGCAAGGUGAUGGCUCCAAGCCUAUGAGGACGACUCUAUUUCGGACACAUAUGUCGGCAUGAUAUACUACAGUACCCACAAUGCUCUGUAUUCUGUAUUCGGUUUGAUCUAACUAAACACGUUCCUAAAGCUAACACUAUGGUGUCCCGCCUCCUUAUUAUUUCAAUACAGCCUAUUCCCCCCCCUUCUUCUUCUUCUUCUUCUUCUCUCACCUCCCUCCAUCCAGAUAUGAUCCUCUCCCUAGCUGCAGCUAUGAGCAGCGGCGGCAUCCCCCAGAAUACUACUUCCUCCUCGCCCUUUGACCCCUCGCCCCUGGACCCCUGGCUUGACCCCUACCCUGACCCCUACCCUGACCACCCCGGGAUUAACACCUCCUCCUCCGACGUCCCCGGCCGCACCUAUACCUCCGACCUUGACUUACGACCUCUGACCUCACAAAAGGAUGUUAGCCCAUGGGAUGUGGCGUUAUGUGUAACGGGUACACUCAUCGCCUGCGAGAACGCGCUGGUCAUCGCCGUCCUCUUCUACACGCCGACCCUCAGAGCGCCGAUGUUCAUCCUGAUUGGCUCGCUGGCAUUCGCCGACCUCCUGGCGGGUCUCGGUCUCAUCCUGAACUUCGUGUUCACCUAUCUUGUCGAGGGAGAGGUCGUGACCUUGGUUGCCACAGGGAUACUCAUUGCGGCAUUCUCGGCAUCCAUCUUGAAUAUCUUGGCGAUCACCGUGGACAGGUACCUGUCGCUGUACAACGCGCUGACCUACCACACGGAGCGGACUGUCCUCUUCACAUACCUGGUGGUAGGGGUCAUCUGGUUGGCGUGUCUGGUUCUCGGGGUCCUCCCCGCACUCGGGUGGAACUGCCUAGACGACCAAUCAACGUGCUCAGUCUGUCGUCCCGUCACCAAAUCCAACGCCGUCGCCCUCGCUGUCUUCUUCCUACUGGUUUUCGCGUUGAUGAUGCAACUCUACCUGCAGAUCUGUCGGAUCGCGUUCCGUCACGCUCAGCAAAUCGCCGUCCAGCAUCAGUUCCUCGCCAUGUCCACGACCAAAGGAGUCCAGACGCUCUCCGUGAUUCUCAGCGCCUUCGCCACGUGUUGGCUGCCGUUUGCUAUGUAUUCUAUAGUGGCGGAUUCCAGCUAUCCUAUCAUAUACACAUACUCUACGGUGCUGCUGGCAGCGUGUAAUUCAGUCAUAAAUCCUGUUAUAUAUGCGUUCAGGAACCCGGAUAUACAGAAGGGGCUCUGGUUGGCGUGUUGUGGGUGUGUCCCGUCAAAUCUGAGCCUGAGACCUGGAGCCAGGACAUCCAGUGAUGUAUAGGGAAGCAUUGUUCAUGGCUACGACCGCUCCAACCUCUCCCUCCGGCCCUGGGCCUGGCAAUGUCUAGGGAGGGGGUGUAGCGACGUACAUAGAAGGGGUGCAGGAUGAUGCUGGUAUUGGAGGAGAUGUGGGUGUACGCCUUCCAACCUAGCUCUGUGACCCAGGGCCUCCAGCAACCUUGGACAUCCAGAAGAGAAUGUGGUGGUGAGAU